AUGGCAAAGCUCACCGCCGCCCUGACGGUCCUCGCGCUGGUGGCCUGCGUGGGUCGUCCGUGCCAGGCAGGCUACGGGUAUCCCAACCCCAUGCCGUCACCGUACACUCCGAGUACACCUAGCCCUCCUCCGCCUACGCCGAUUGCACCAUCUAGUCCUCCACCAUACAGCCCAAGCACACCUAGCCCGCCGCCGCCUUCCCCAAGUACCCCAUCUAGCCCACCACCGUACACCCCCAGCACACCUAGCCCUCCGCCACCCACUCCGAGCUCACCUCCUUUAGGGCUCACGGUUGGUUACUACCAAAAGACAUGCUACCGCGCAGAAGACAUUGUUAGAGAAGCAGUGCGCGACGCCAGCAAAGGCAUCAUGGCGGGGCUUAUCCGUCUAUUCUUCCAUGACUGCUUCGUUAGGGGUUGCGACGCUUCGGUGUUGCUAGAUACAGCUGAUCCGAACAGUGCGACGGAGAAGUUCGGUAUCCCAAACCUGAGUCUGCGUGGCUUUGAAGUGAUCGACGCGGCCAAGGCCAGGAUCGAGAAGGAAUGUGGGAAUGUCGUGUCAUGUGCCGACAUUGUGGCCUUCGCCGGGCGUGACGCUACCUAUUUCCUCAGCAACAAGAAGGUUUACUUCGACAUGCCGGCCGGCCGCUACGACGGACUUGUGUCUCUUAUAAACGAGACGCUCCCCAACCUUCCCCCUCCCUUUGCCACCGUGGAGCAGCUCAAGGCCGGGUUUGCCUUCAAAGGCCUCAACACCGAUGAGAUGGUUACCCUUUCCGGCGCGCACACCAUCGGGAUCUCCCACUGCUCAUCCUUUUCUGAUCGCCUCACGUCGAACUCCUCCGACAUGGACCCUAGUCUGAAAAGCACUCUGCAGCAACAAUGUCAGUCAAACUCCGGCACCGACAACACGGUCGUACAGGACAACAAGACCCCUGACAAGCUAGACAACAAGUACUACAAGAAUGUUCUCAGCCAUGAGGUGCUCUUCACGUCGGACGCUGCGCUCAUGAUGGCGACAGACACGAGCGAAGCGGUGCGAGCAAACGCCAAGGACACAAACCAGUGGGAGGAAAAAUUCAAAGCGGCGAUGGUGAAGAUGGGUGCCAUUGAUAUCAAGACAGUUGCAAAUGGCGAGAUUAGGAGGAGCUGCCGUGUCUUGAACACUAACUAG